AAAUGUGAUUCAUUUAUUUUUUUUAAUACGUAAAACUAAGAUUGAUCAGUGGGUUUUGAGUUCUUUGAAUUCAAGACUAUUGUUUUGCAUGAUAUAAAUUUAUGGUUGAUAUGUAAUAUUUUUGCUCCUUUACAGGUUAAACGUUGAAGAAGUCACUGCCUUAUUCGAUGAAGUCGACUUUCUGGAGGCUGAUGUUUUUAUUCAACCGCCUGAAAACCCUCUAUUGAGUGAUGAGGAUAGCGGUGACGAUGGCGACACCGACUUCACUCACUUCACAGGAAAUCAACUGCGUGGAGCCGCAGAGUUAAAGGCAAAACAGUUCACAAAUGAUGGUAUUGUACAAGUAGAUGUAUGUACAGAACAAGACAUAGUUGAUAACAAUCUAAGCGGCGAGUCUUCAUUACCUAUAACUGUAAUUCCGAAAGCAACUGUGUCUACAUUUAAAUCGGUACAAUCAGACUCUUUACAAAGACAAUACAUACCUACAGAACCAAGCACUUCUCAAUCUUUACAAGUGAACAAUAUAAAUCAAUCACAAUACCUUCCAUCUCAGUCGCUCCCAAGUUUGAAAAGAAAAAUUAAAACAAAACCGAGUUCCCACAAGUCAAAUGCAAGAAAAAAGACAAAAACAGAUAAACAAAGAACAUGGAAUAAUGUUGACAUUCCUAAUAAGCCUGAGAGGGAAUUUGAAAGGCCUUCGUGGCUCGAAAAAGAUUUCACUCCAACAGAAAUGUUUGAAAAACUUUUAACUAAUGAGAUUAUCGAACAUGUUGUUGAGAGUACUAAUAUUUAUGCCUUGCAAAGUGGUAAUGAAUCUUUUAAUGUUUCAAUAGAAGAAAUGCGCAUAUUCAUGGCAAUAUUGUUUCUGAGUGGAUAUUGUAUUGUACCACGGAAGAGGAUGUACUGGGAAUUAUCUCCGGACACUCAUCAUGACACUGUGUCAAAAGCUAUGAGCAGAAACAAGUUUGAAGAGAUUCUUCGAUAUUUUCAUGUCUGUGAUAAUGCAAAUUUAGAUGUCUCAGAUAAAUUUGCCAAAAUACGUCCUUUGUGGAAUAUGUUGAAUGAACGAUGGCUUCAAGCUUACCCUGGCGAUGCAAAUAUAAGCAUCGACGAAUCAAUGGUUCCAUACUUUGGACGACAUGGUGCUAAACAGCAUAUACACGGGAAACCUAUACGGUUUGGGUACAAAGUUUGGUGUGUAUGUACCCGCCUGGGGUAUUUGAUUCAGGCUGAACCAUACCAAGGUAAGAAAACAGGUAACACCAUCCCUGAAAUUGGAGUGGGUGGUUCAGUUGUAAUAGAUAUCCUUAGUGAGCUGCCUCAAAACAAGACAUACAGUAUUUAUAUGGAUAACUUUUUUACCUCUUUAAAACUACUAGAUUAUUUGUCAGAAAAGGGGCACGAUGCUACAGGCACAAUAAAGGCUAACCGAGUUGAAAAUGCCCCACUUAAGGAAGCAACUGUUUUGAAAAAGGAAUCACGAGGUUCAUACGAUCAACUUACUGAACAAAAAACAGGUAUCACCUUGGUAAGGUAUAAUGACAACAAUGUUGUAACUGUUGCUUCAACAAGAUGUGGCGUACAGCCCAUGGGUAAGGCCAAGAGAUGGUGUCGUGUGGCAAAGCGUCAAGUUGAUGUUCAACAGCCUGCCUGUAUCAUAAAUUACAACACUUACAUGGGUGGGGUUGAUCAACUUGACCAGAAUAUAUCAACCUAUAGAAUUGGCAUUAGAAAUCGGAAAUGGUAUUGGGCACUUCUAGCGUACCUUUUAAAUGCUACAAUGAAUAAUGCUUGGCAAUUAUACAGGCUCACCCCAAAAUGA